AUGUCCAAGGCACGGGCCGCGACUGGUGGUGUUGAGCAGGUUGUCAAGAUCAUUGUCGGCGCUGGUCAGGCAAGUCCCAGCCCACCGGUUGGCCCGGCUCUUGGUAGCAAGGGUAUCAAGUCGAUGGACUUUUGCAAGGAGUUCAAUGCUCGGACAGCGCACAUCAUUCCCGGCACCCCUCUACCUGUUCGGGUAACAGUGAAGCCCGACCGGUCGUUUACCUUCGAGAUCCGGACUCCUCAGACCUCCUGGCUUCUCCUUAACGCGGCUGAGGCACCGAUUGGCAAGAAGGGCAAGAGGAAGGGAGCGAGUAACCCGGGCCACGAGACUGUCGGCACAGUCAGUCUCAAACAUGUUUACGAAAUCGCGAAGAUCAAGCACUCCGAACUCCGUCUUUCCGGGCUGUCCCUCGAGGGCCUUUGCAGGUCCAUCAUUUACCAGGCCAAGUCGAUAGGAAUUAACGUUGUGCCCUGA